CAAGUUCAAGUCUUCGAACCGAAAACACCAAAACAAACCAACCAUCACUAUGUUCAAAUCCGCUGUUGUCAUCCUGGCCAUCGUUGCCUGUGUUGCUGCCAAGCCAGGACUUCUGGCUGCUCCUCUGGCCUACACUUCUCCAUUGGCCUACACUGCUCCAUUAGCCUACUCUCACCACGCGGCUGUUGUGGCUGCUCCUGCUCCAAUUGUUACCGCCACCAGCAGCCAGGUGAUCGCCAGGAACUUCAAUGGAAUCGCAGCUGCUCCAGUGAUUGCUCCAGUGGCUGCUCCCGUGGUUGCGAAGUAUGCCGCUGCUCCUCUGGCUGCUCCUUUGGCCUACACCUCCCCCUUGGCCUACUCCGCCCCCCUGAGCUACGCCGCAGCUCCCGCACCACUUCUUAUCUAAAAAACAAAACUGUGAUCAA